AUGGGUUGGCUAUGGUCUUCGACGCCCUCUAAGGAGGAUAAAAUAUCGACACCAGUUGAGAACAACACACCUCCUACCACAUCGACGGUCUCGACACCCUCGCCAUCCACAUCCUCUUCCUCCUCCAAGUCAGAUACCGACCCCGAACUCCAAAAAUUCCUCGAUCUCCUCGAAUCCGAAAAAAACAACCCUACACCCACACAAGGCGAGCAAAAGCAAUCCUCCUCUACGUUAUCGUGGCUCUCUAUGAACAAGUCACCCCGGUCCAGCGCUCCCACACCCUCCGACAUUCCUCCCCGUGACCCCCUCGCCGAAGCCCUCCUACCAACGGACAUGUCCUGUCGACAGGCCUUUGACCAAGCGUGGAGCUGCAAUGGAAUGGGUGGCCAGUUUACGGCCGUGUACCGUUAUGGAGAGAUGCGCUCCUGCAGUGAGCACUGGGACGACUUUUGGUUCUGUAUGCGAGUAAAGGGUUACUCUGGUGAACAACGUGAGAGGGCUAUUCGGGAGCACUACCGCGCGAAGGAGUUUACAAAGUAUGGACCGGGGAAGCCGAGCAGUGAGGACGUAUGGGAGAGUAGAGGGGAAAAGGUACCAGAAGGGUCAUUUUUUAAUCAGCCCAUCGAAUGA